AUGUUUGCUGUCAAUGACAACCCAGUGGAAGAUGCCGCGGGGCUCGGGGUGCCGGAGAAUAAAGCCCAGAGGGCCGGAGCCCGGCGCCCCCCGCCCUCGCUGGACCCCCACACGGGGCCGGGCCCCCUUGGCCGGUGUCCCGAUGCGGUUCGCCUGAGGGGGCUGCUCCCGGUGCUGCGCGGAGCCCGAGGCGCUGAGGUAGGAGGAGAGGUCAGCUCCGGCUCCUGUCCGUGUCCGCUGGGGGUCCCGAGCGGUGCCGCCUCUCCCCCGGCCGGCAGGGCACGGAUCGCAGGACCGCGGCGGGAUCGGGAUCGGGCCCGGGAUGGCCACGGGCAGCAGGAGCCGCUCUGGGACGGGCACUGGGGCCGAGCCCGGCGCUGCCGCUCCUGCUCCGCCUGCAGCUGCUGUGGCACUCCGGGCGCGGUCCUGCUGCGGCCGCAGGGAACCGGGGCUCUGCCGGUAACCGUGUACGGGAGAACGGCGGCGGCGUUCCCUCGUGCAGACGCUGGAUCGCGGCUGGGGCACGGGGAACACCGUGUGCCAACCCUGGCACCCCCUAAAUCCCGCCGCUCUUGGUGCCCCUGUCCCGCGGAUACCGCCUGUAGCCCCGCGGGUGUGCAAAGCCCCCGCUCUGUCACCCCUGAGACCACCGCACCCCUCAGAGGACAGCAGCGCCCGUCUCCCCCUUCCCCGUGUCCGCACACGCUGCGGGGCUUCACCGGCCGCACCCUUGUGGAAGGAGCGGGGCUGGAGCACCGUGGGCGGGAGCCGCGGCCCCGGGCACGGCUCCGCUCAGGCUGCUUCUCCAACAGCUGCCGGGACACACUGAGGCUGGGAGGGAUCCUAAAAUCUGACUCUCCAGCAAAUGGACCCUUUGAGAGUUGAGCUCAGAACGCUGGCAUCACCAGGACUCUGCUCCAAUCAACGGAGCCCAUCUCUGUGUCACAGGGGUGGAUCUCCCUAGGAUGGGAAUCCUUGGCACCACCAAGGGAAGUGCAGUGCCUUCUUUUCUGCUAAAGCUGCCUUAUGCACCAGCCCCUGCCAUGGCUCUAGGGCAGAACUAACAUGACAAAACUCUUCCAAUGACACUGAUUUCCUGCCCUUUCCAGGAUUUACCCAGCAACCAUCAAAGUGCUCUCGCAAUGUCUCUUUCCAGGCUGAAAUGAGCAGGACAAGUCCUGAGCCUUCCCUGGUUCCACAGCCAAAGUUCUGGAGAGAGGCAGGGCUGGUCCCACCUGCAGAGGGGCGUUUCCUGCAGGUGAGUGUUGCCAGGCCAAAAUGAUGGCAGCUGCUGAGGCCGGGGCUGCAAUUCUGGCCCAGAGCUGCACAGAGGCCCCGGUGCCCCCCCCUUGCUGCCAGCAAUGCUCCUUGGUGUUUCCUGUGCGUGUCCUGGGUGGCUGGAAACGCAGGGAAGAGGGAGGCCGGCAGCCCCAGCAAGGCAAGCAGCCCCUCUUGUCCUUGGGAUGUGCAGGGGAGGAGCUGUGCCUGCAGUGUCCUGCCCGUGGCCCGCAGCGUGCCAAACACACGCCCCAGGGAUGGGCACUGGUGUGCUCAGACACUGCUGGCACAGACACGGCUGAAGGGCUGCCCGCAGCUCCUGGGCCAGGGGCUGCUCUCCACAGGCACCAGGAGAUGCUUCAGCCUGGACAGAGGCCACCCACAGCCCAAAAGCAGCCCAAGGAACAGCUGGCAUUGCCUGGCCAUGGUUUGCAGAGGAGCUCAGACAGCAAUUCCCCGUUCUGACCUCCCGGAGCUCCCACACGGCUGCCAGGUAUGUCCUGGCCACCCCAAAUCCCCUCCCUGCCAGCCUGAGGACAUCAUCCAUCAGCAGCAUUAAAGCCAAGGCAAUCUUCCCUCACAGAAUUUAAAUCCCAAGCAAUAGCCCUCGGAGAUACCUUAAAAUGGAAGGUUCGCACGGAUGGAGUUUUGUUGGGAUGAAGUUUGGAGCUUUUCAUGGAGCCAGCUGGAAGUGCAGAGGUGAUGGGAAGCUUUUGCAG